AUGGGGAGGUGUCACCGGGGACACCCUCUUCGCUGCCCCCCACGCCCCCCCGUGCCUGACCCCGACCUGCAGACCCCUCACCGGGCUCUCGCUCUGGAGGACGGCGUGUACCUGCCGCACUCAUCGCCAGUGCCGCGGGUCAUGCCCUCUCCAUCGCCGAGAAAGCCACCGUCCAGCAAAAGGGCUUUGUUCGACCCGGACCCCAGGGAAAGCCCACUCACAGCUGUCUAUGAGCCGGAUAGAAACGUGCUGCGAAGGAAAGAAUGGGAAAGGAGAAAUCAGGAGGCCCAGCAGGAGGAUGGCGCGUUUAACACGAGUUACUCCCUCUUCAGUGAACCGUACAAGACUAACAAGGGGGAUGAGCUCUCGAAUCGCAUCCAGAAUACGCUGGGCAACUAUGAUGAAAUGAAAGACUUGUUAACUGACCGAUCAAACCAGAGCCACCUUGUUGGGGUUCCAAAACCUGGGGUUCCUCAGACGUCUCUCCCCAAGCUGGAUGAACAUCUUAUUGCAGACUCGAGACCGCCGCCUCCUCCUCCCAUUUCCAGCACUACUUCUUCCACACCAGCAGCCCUAUCUGCCCAGCAGAGCAAAAGCACCACGAUGGGUUGGCAGAAGGCCGGGCACAAUGCUGCUUCGGAUGGCCAGCAGAGAGCGAGCAAGCAUGGGCACCGGUCGCUGGAGUCACACAAGGGUGACUUCAAACUGACGAACCAAAAAUCCAGUCUGGAGAAACUAAAACGCUAUGCAUCGAGUCCCACCUCCUCCUCCUCCUCCUCCAACACUGCCCAGCAAAGCUCACUGAGGGCCACACUAGGAGACAACGUCAACAGAGUGCAGCAGCCGGCAAAGCUCAACUGUAGCUCGGAAGGAGGAGCUCAAGCGCAAGAGAGGCCAGCAAAGCAUGGUGGCGGGCACUGCGUCCAAAACUUUCCGCCCUCUCUUGCUUCGAAGCCCAGUUUGGUUCAGCAGAAACCAACAGCUUAUGUAAGGCCGAUGGACGGUCAAGACCAGGCUCCUGAUGAGUCUCCAAAGCUGAAGUUACCAGCAGAGACGACCAAGUCGUAUAGGGGAGUGCCUUCUAACAAGCCUGAUUCGGCCAGGACCAAGUCAAAGAUAGCCAAGUUCAGCAUUCCUAAGCAAGAAGAGGACAGUGGAACAGGAGAUAACAGCUGCAUUGAAGAAAUAUUGCGGGAGAUGACCCAUUCAUGGCCUCCACCACUGUCAGCUAUUCACACACCAGGAAAGGCAGAACAAAGCAAGUUUCCCUUCCCAAACAAGGAGUCACAACAGGGAUCUACAGGACACAGCAAUACAAGGAAAAGUGAUGUAGAGCCAAAGAGUCCAGAGAAAAGCGCAACCCAUACAUCAAUGCUAGAAGAUGACCUCAAGUUAAGCAGCGAUGAAGAAGAGAAUGACCAGCAGGCAGCACAGAGAUCUGCUCUCCGCGUUCUAUCUGACAGCAGCCUGGUGGUGCCGCAGUCCAACACCCGAGCCUCGGGACUCUCCAGCAAGGGGUCAAGCAGCAGCAGCUCCAGUGAAUCCGAGACCAGCUCAGAGUCUGACUCAGAGAGCGAAAGCAGCUCCAGCGAGAGUGACGGCAGCAAGCCCUCGCAUUACUCCAGCCCAGAGCCUGAGCCACCUUCGUCCAACAAGUGGCAGCUGGACAAGUGGCUGAAUAAAGUCACCCCGCACAAAGCACCCAUCCUGACCCACCAUGACGGCCCGGCGCUGGAGGCCCAUCCCUACUACGGCCGUGUGAAGGGGGAGCGGCAGGAAAGUGAGAAGACCCCAGCCACUGGCCCAGCCGAGCACCGCAGUGGGGAGAGCCGCACUGCCGCCGCUGCCGCCAUCGGGGACGGACCACGAGCAGGGCACCGCCGGGAGCCCCGCUCGGCUGCAGCCGGCGAGAAGCGUCGGGGCCGGGGGGCGGGCAAAACGGCGCCCAAAUCCAAGGAGUUCAUCGAGACUGAGUCUUCAUCCUCGUCAUCCUCCUCUGACUCGGGCUCUGAGUCGGAGCGGGAGGAGCGCCCGCUGCCCAAGGCGCCGGCGGCGGGCGGGGGGGCGACCGGCACCGCCAGCAAACCCCACAGCGGCUGCAGUGCCUUUGGCUCCAUUAAUGCCAGGACUAGUAGUGAAAUAGCAAAGGAGCUGGAGGAACAGUUUUACACCCUGGUUCCUUUCGGUAGGAAUGAGCUCCUGUCUCCUCUGAAAGACAGUGAUGAGGUAAAGUCACUGUGGGUCAACAUUGACUUGGCUCUUUUGUCCAGGAUUCCAGAGCGUUUGCCCGAAGAGCCACUGGCCAUGAGCGCCGGAGCAAACCAGGCGGCCAGCCUCCCGCAGAGUAGUAGUGCUGACCCCCCUGCAGAGAAGGGUUUACCAAAAUCUAGAAGGAAACGCAAGUGUGAGAAUGAGGAAGAGUGCAGAGACAUCAAGAAGACUCAUUUAGAGAGAGAGGGUUCUUCACGAUUAACUGCCUCUGCCCAUAGCAUCACAACAGCAAAUCACUGCAAUAUGAAUGAAAAUAGCUUGGCAAUACCAAUAAAUAAAAAUGAGAAAAUGCUUCGGUCACCCGUCUCUCCCCUCUCUGAUGCAUCAAAACACAAAUACUCCAACGAUGAUUUAACUUCCUCCAGCAGACCUAAUGGCAGCAGUCUAUUACCUUCCAUCUCCUCCAGCAAAAAACAUAAGGGUGAAAUCCAGUCACAGCCACAUCCCGGAGACUUCAAUAAAGCAAUUCACAUGAAUUCAGAAAAUGUUCUUCUCUGCAAUAAGCCCCAGUCCCAAACAGAGCCUUGGUCACCUCUGUCCAGCACACCCAGGGACUGCAGAAGGACAAAGCUUAUCUUCGAUGAUAUGCCACACAAUGCAGAUUACUUUAUGCAGGAAGCUAAACGGAAGAAGCAUAAAGCAGAUGCAAUGGUGGAAAAGUUUGGAAAGGCACUGAAUUAUGCAGAAGCAGCACUAUCGUUUAUUGAGUGUGGAAAUGCAAUGGAACAAGGCCCAAUGGAAUCUAAAUCCCCUUAUACAAUGUAUUCAGAAACAGUUGAACUCAUCAGGUAUGCAGUGAGACUAAAAACCCACUCAGGCCCCAACGCCACGCCAGAAGACAAACAGCUGGCAGCAUUAUGUUACCGCUGCCUGGCCCUUCUGUACUGGAGGAUGUUCCGACUCAAGAGAGACCAUGCAGUCAAGUAUUCGAAAGCGCUUAUUGAGUAUUUCAAGAAUUCAUCAAAAGCUGCCCAGAACCCCUCUCCUUGGGGUGCCAGUGGAAAGAGCACAGGAACUCCAUCACCCAUGUCCCCUAGCCCUUCUCCAGUCAGCUCUGUAGGAUCCCAGGGGAGCACAGGGGCCCCUUCCCCAUCUCCUAUCAUCAGCAUCCCGCAGCGCAUUCAUCAGAUGGCUGCCAACCACGUCAGCAUCACCAACAGCAUCCUGCACAGCUAUGACUACUGGGAGAUGGCUGACAACCUGGCCAAGGAAAACAGAGAUUUUUUUAACGACUUGGAUGCAUUGAUGGGACCUAUCACCUUGCACAGCAGUAUGGAGCAUUUAGUUCAGUACACUCAACAAGGACUUCACUGGGUGCGGAAUAGUGCUCACUUGUCAUAA